UCCCUGCGGUCAAUCUGAUGUGCUUCCUUCUUAGACAGUUGAGGUUCAAUGCUUAGACCUGCUUACCCUAAUAUGAGGGUAUCGCCCAACCCCUAUUAUCAAAACAUAGCUCCGAUAUCGGGAUAAAUAUAAAUUAAAAUUUGUUUAGCAUCAAUGUGUUUUGGUGGCGUUUGCAGAGACGGACUCAGGCAAAUGGAAAAAAAAAAGAAAAAGAAAAACACCCGCGGAUAUAUUAUCCUUUAUUUUCCUUCUUCGAAGCCUCUUCCUGUCCGCUUUUAUUUCGAAUUCCUGGAUCCGCCUCUGGUUUCUCAUAAUAUACUAGAUGAUAUAUAUUGUCUUAUUAUUGCAAUUCCAAAAAAAUAAUAAAAAGAGUUUUGACUCUCCAGCAUUUUUACUGUAUAUGUUAAAAUAUUAAACCAUCAAACACAUAUUCAAUAAAGCACAAAGGAUUACAAAAUGGGGUUAUCUAGUAGUAUAAUUAAUAUUUAAGAAAAAUAACUACAAUUAUAAUUGAAUAGCUUGGUGUGUGGAGAAGCUUGCGACCUAAUUCAAGGGAACUGGGUUCAAUUCCCCUCAUGGAUUUUUUCAACAAAAAAUGAAACUUAGCUUAUAAAAUAUAAAAUAUUAUAUUAAAUUGUUAAUAUGAUGUUAUAUAAUCUUAUCAAGCAUCACUGUUAUUAUUAUUUAUUAGUUUAUAUUGUACGUGUUUGGUUGCCACAAAGUAAACGUUCAUAAAAUAAUAAAAUAAGUAGAAAUAACAUUCCUCAGAAGGUGACUUAUAAUUUUUAAUUAUAGAACCAUAAAAAUGGUGGAGAUAAUAUCAGUCAAUUUUUUUCAAGCCAUCAACAAGCUUAGAUCCAUUAAUAAUUACUGAACUUUUCGCUGCUGCCACAAAAUAAGUUGAGAGUUAUUUUGUAUACUAUGUAAGGGAACAUUCCUUUAAAGAUAUUUUCAACAAAAAAAAUCAAAUCUAUUUUUUAUAUAAGCCUAUUAUUGCAAAAAAACCCCCCUGCAAAACGAACUGCUAGCUAGGACAAAUGUCAAAAACAAUUGCUAAAGUGACCACCUGUGCAGACAACCUCAAUCCAAUCAAUAGAAAAUAUUUGAUUUUGUUCAAAAUGUGUUAUAUCCUCGUGUGUGUGUCUGUCUGUCUUUGUGGGGGUGUGUCUGUCUGUGGUGUGCGUCCUUCCGGGCACAUAACUCAAAAACUGCUGGACCGAUUUACUUUAAAUUGUCACACAUUGGCAUGUAUGCUGUUCGGAAGUAGGCUGCAUAUUUCAGAACGUUUUUUUCCGGCCGCAACUGACGGAUGUUCGACCGAGUUGUUUGACUAGGCCGAGGUGACUCAAGCGGAAUGACAGCGGGCCGACUCAAGCAGAUCAUGAAACUGAUCAUGGAGGUAUAAAAUAUAUUUUAUACCUCCAUGAGCAGAUCAACCAUGUGUCAGAUUCUGGCCGCCGGACUGGUAGCUGUCCGGAUAGCGUAACUCGCCGAACUGAUGGACUUAAUUGCCACGCGCAAUCUAUUACGCUAGGCCUCGUUUGGCAGAAGAAUGUGAUUUUAUGCUGGUUACAUCACAAACAAAAAUGAAAUAAAAAUAAACAUUUCUUCUACAGUAGAAUCCCUACUUUUGGACAACCCUAUUCAGCUGACACCACUAAUCAGAGGACACCCUGUUAAGGAGACUCCCUUAUUAAGGGUACACUUUUUAUCACUACGGCUUACCCCAUGAAGGGGAUGUUGACACUUUCUGAGUGUGCCAGAUAGUGAAACCAUGGUGAAACAGCCCCUAUUAGGGACACUUUUCAUCGGUGUAUCAAAACAAUAGCAGUGUCAAAGUAAGAAAACAAUAUUUUGAGCAAUACACCAGAAUUUUCUGCCCUGAAUCGAGAGUGAAUAUCGGUAUAGGCCACAGCGCGUUACUUCGUAUACACAAUUCUUGUCAAUUUUUACACUUAACCAUGGGGAUUUCUUUUUCUUUUAGUUUUUUUUGUGUACUUUUAUACAGGAUACUAAUCCAUACUAUAACAUGUUACUUUAUUCAUGCUACAUACAUCCAAUAUAGAGCUCAAUAUCAAAAUAAGAAUAUUUGGCCAUUUACGUUGUAUCAUGAAACAAUAAUUGUGAACAUAUCUUGUACCUAUUUUUGUUUUAAUUACAUUUCUGCUGGUUUCAUCUUAUACAGUAAAUGAAUUGUAUUUGUUGCAAAUUAUUACUAUAAAUUAGUUCUGAUUCUACUGAAACUGAUUCUUAUUUCAAUUUUGUUUAUGUUGUAUGGAAAAUAAAUUGAAUUUGAACUUUGAAUAAAAUUAAAAAUAAUAUAUGUCAUCGUUAUAUGAAAACAUACCAAAAAACCGCUAUAAUAAGGGACAAUCGCAUUUUGCAUCUUUAGGCAACAUACAAAAGUAAAAGGAUUUUAAUUGUAAAAAUCUUUUGCCUACUUCCUGAAUUCUUUGUAUAUACUAAUUUAUGUACAAUAACAAAUAGCCCUUCUGAUAUGUCAAAUAAUUCUAGAGCAUAUGAAUACAUAUAAAAAAGUAUACAUCUACUGUAAUAUUUAGUAUGAUUCAACCAUUGUGUCCGACUCGUAGUAUAGUGUAGGCUAUACCUAUUUUGUUUUUAAAUUAAUUAUAAAACCUGUCAAUGUCAAUUAUAAGACUUGUUAAUGUUCUUCAUACAUAUAAUAUUUUGUAUAUCUUACCUAAAACAAUCUAGGAAAAUUAACUAAAAACAGUUAGCCCAUGUUAAAAUAGUUGCCUCUUAACUUUGUAGACAUGAAGCUACUACAAGCCUUAGUCUUUUACUACAGUCGUUUAAAUAGUUGCAACUUUACAAUGUAACCGCGAGAUUAGUUAGUAGGUCUAAAGAACGCUUCUCUCAGAAGGUAAAUUGAGAUAGGCCUACUGUAUAAAGAAACCUCAGCAUCGAUCUCACAAAAUAAUCGUGUGUCGACGUGCUUUAAAAACUGUAAUACAUAUUGGGAAGUGACGUGGCGUUUCAAUUAUAUUGCCGACUGCGGCUGAACGAACAAGGAAAUUGCUGUAUAGUAUUAAUACAUAUUUAUUCAUUCGUUACUUAGCAAAUAACACUGUAUGUGCGUUGCUUUUGCUGCUGUGUAAUUACCGUAUUCGUAAUAUUGUAAAAUUACAAAUGGACGCUUUUUACCUGAUAAUAUGGGUUGCAACCUAUUUUAUACAAUUCGGUUGCGGACAAGUAGCCGAGAAUUUGUUGUUUUUGGCUCUUUAUGACAAGGGUUAUCCUGCAUCCACUUACAUUGGUUGGAUUUCUGCAAAUCCUGAAUCCUACCAAAAUAAAUAUAAAUUGGACUAUAGCACGUUAUAUCUAUCAUAUUACCGCAAUUGGACCUCACUAGCCACUGAUUACCAUGCAGGAAAUGUUACUUUCCAUGAUAAAACAAGCCACUGGAUUUUCCUAAGUGAUGAUUUUAAUACUGUUGGUGGCGAUGCUCAUGCUAUUGAAGGCGGGACGUCUGGUAGAGUGGAGGCUAUAACAAUUGACUGAUUGGCUAAAAAUAUUUACUGGGUGGAUGAAGGUUACAACUGGAUCAAAAUGACUAAUUAUUUUGGAGAAGGAGAAGCAAUGAUUGUUGAUACGGGCCUCGAAAGGCCGUCGGGGAUAGCCUGCCAUCCUAUAAAAGGGUAUCUCUUUUGGACUGAAUUGGGAAAUUUAAAUCCGGCUAGAAUUGAAAGAUCAUCUAUGUCAGGAACAAAUCGAGUCACUAUUGUUACAGGUGUGAGUGAGCCGAGGUCUAUAGCAGUAGAUACUAUUGCUAACAGGAUUUACUGGACUGACAACAGUGCAGCUGACAAUAAAAUCGAAUCCUCCGAUCUUAAUGGUGAUAACAGGCGAACAGAAGUGUCAGAACCAACAUCUGACAGUGUAUUUGACAGUAUUUCUGUCGAUGAGGAUUACAUAUUUGUGAGUAUGUUUACAUCAUCUAAAGAUGUUAUCCGCUACUACAAAAAGACCACGCCAAUCGAAUUGUUUGUCGAAUAUAAAUUGGACAGCGAAGUCCAUGUACUUGAUUUAUGUGUCACGGGUUACGAUAUCCAACCAAAGCCAGCAACGCUACCGUGUGAUGGUAAUACGUGUGGUGAUUUCUGUGUAUCAGCAGCCGAGGGAAAACAAGAAUGUGUCUGUAGAGAAAACUAUUUUUUGCAUCCAAAUGGUACAUGCAGUAUUGAUUGGAAUUUCUUACACCCACCACUCUGCAUAAUAGGCAGGACGCACGCCAUGUCUAUCUUCGACCCAACUCUUCUUCAUUACGAUUUGGAAUAUAAACAGCAGUAUAUUCACGAUUUCUUAAGUGGAGAGAGAAUUAUAACAGCUGUAACUUCUGACAUAUAUAGCAAUAUGUUAUUUUUUGCGGAGGAGAAUCGAAAAUCAAUAUAUGUUAUAAAAAUGGAAGAUGGGCAAAUACCACUUAGUAUUCGUUCAAAUAUAAGUCGUGUUGAUGGUAUGGCUGUUGAUUGGGUUUCACUAAACGUUUACUGGGUCGAUUAUGAUCAAAAUCAACUAUUGUCGACAUCUUACGACGGCAAGUUCACAAAAGUGUUGUUCGAUGAUGUCACAAAAUCAAGGGCAAUAGCAGUAGAUCCAAGCGCAAGGUUGAUAUUUUGGACAGAAGAGACAUUUCCAACGAAGCUUGUGAGUUGUAAUCUGGAAGGUACCAAUCGCCAUGAUGUUAUGAACACAAGGCUGCAAAGUCCGUCUGGAAUCGCGCUUGAUUACGCCCACAAAAGGGUGUAUAUCGUUGAUAAUAAACGUAUAUAUUUUACUAACUAUGAUGGUACCGAACAAGAAAUUUUAGGCGCAAGUAUGUAUCCUGCUAAAGACGUCACAAUUUUUCAGGACUUUCUAAUAAUAGCCGAAUCGUAUGAGCCAGAAUUAGGGCUCGUUGAAGCAAUACACAAGAUCUCUGGUGACCACGAAGGCCUUAUGUAUCUUAACACUUCAGUCUAUGCCAUCGACACCGUCGAUGAAUCAACCCAGCCUAUGGUAGAUGAAGAAAGUACCGGUAAUUCUUCUACUGCAGGUAUCAGCAGUACUGUUUUUGUGGCGGUUGGUGCCUUUAUCAUUGUCAUCAUAAUUAUUAUCAUCUUGUUAUUUAUAAGAAGGUGGAUAAGGUCUAAGAAGGAUCAAGGUGCGGAAGAACCAUUCUCAAGUGGUAAUACAUGUGCAACACAUGGAAUCGAUGGACAGAUUAAUCACAUUGAAGGAUUGACCUCCGAGUUAAAAUCAGAUGCACCGGUGUCCACUGUAGUUUAUAGUAUAAAUCAAACAAUCGAAGAAAACAUUAACACUAACCCUGCUCACCAAUUCAACAACCCGAAUACUAUCGCCUUCUACCCAAUCUCCGAACCACACAAGUUUACUAAUUCUUCAGGCUUUGCUCCAAACGUGCUUUUUGAUUAUCGUCCUCCUCCAUACGCUCCACCAGAAGAUCCGGGAAGCAUCUGUCCGAGUGCCCCGCCGUUAUAAUGUCCACCAGCGAGCUCAUAAAUUUAGAGAACUUGAAAAGGCAAAUGUUUAAAAUGGGUCAUGAUUUUAUUUUUUUAUACGCAACAAGUUCGUAAUUAAAAUGGGUCAAAAUAUUGAAUUGAGUCAAAAUGUUGUUAUGCCGCUUAAGUGUUUUUUUUAUAUUUUUUUAACGUGAGUCAAAACAUUGUUCGGUGCCUAACGGUCAAUGUGAAAAAUGAAUCCAAAGGAAUUAGUUUCUAUGUAAAAAAUAUGUCCAAGAGGGUAUUCAUAAU